GCCACAUCAUCAAAAUAGACGCAGUAAAUGGAGCAGGGGGCAAUUUGAUUGAAGUUUUACAAUUUCAGGGGGCUAUUUGCCUAUUUCCAAAUUUCAUGGGGUAUUUGACGAAUUUUGAAAUUUCAAAGGGAGGUAUUUGGCAUUUCACUCCUUCUCUGUGCAAUCAAAAAUUUGGUUGAUCAAGUGGUAGAAUUGAUAGGACAAAAAUUCAAAUGUCUGGAAUAAUGUAUUUGAAUCUGCAACGUUAAUGUCAUUGAAUCUGCACUGAAUUUGGAUCAAAACAAACCUGCAAAUCUGAACAAAAACAAACAUCGUACCAAGACGAAAAAUCAAAACAAAAACUCCGCACUAGACAGAACACCAGAUGAAAAAAUCAUGAAAGAGAAAACUCGAAUGAAAUCUAAUAAGGGGUCGAAAUUUGACUUUCGAAUUUCUCUCUCCGAUAUGAAUCUACUAUUUUUUUUUUUAAAAAAAAAAAAUGAUUCAUAAGACUCUAAACGACAUCGUAUCCCCACAUUCCCUUUCCUUAGAAUUCUAGGGUUUUAUCCAACAUUUCCCUCCCAAACCAACAAUGGCUUUUUCUCUAACUCAGACCAAAUUCACAUUUCAAUUCAACUCUUAUCACAGACACAAACCCCUUCUACCAAAAUCCCUCAAAACGUUAAUCUCAAUGUCACAGGGAAAAUCCAAAAGACCAAUUUGCCCUUCAUGUUCCAAACCCACUCGAACUUGUCUCUGCUCUCGAAUCCUCACCUCUCCAAUCCCUAAUUCCAUCAAUGUAACCAUUCUUCAACACGCUCUUGAGUGUAAUCACCCUCUUAAUUCUACCAGAAUUGCUAAAAUGGGUCUCAAGAAUCUCACAAUUGCCACUGUUUCUGAUGUUAAAUUUGAAUCUCAAUUCCUUAUUCACUUAUUUGAUUCCAAUUUGUCAAAAUGUUUGUUUUCUGAUGAAAUUGAAGAUGCCCAUGAUUUGUUUUGUGAUAAAGAUUCAAACUUGAUUGAUAUUGAUAGUGCUGGUUUGGAAAAUGAUGUUGAAGAUGUUAUUUUCAAUAAUUCUAGGGUUGAAACUGUGAAUCAAGUGAAUGAUGAUGAUGGUGGUGUUGUUGUGAAUGAUGAAGUUAAGAAAAUUUCAAUCCGUCGAAAUGGUGAUGAUGUAACUAGUGGUUAUGGAGGACCUGUGCCAUUACUGUUACUAUUACCAAAUAUGGUUCAAUUACAUCUUUGUCUCAUAUUUGGAUGCAGAAAUGUGAAUCUAAUGAGUUAGGUUUUGACAAGAUUUUGUCUUGUGUUGAAGCAUGUGAAGCACUCUCAAAAGGGUUUAUGGUGAAGAAGUUGCAAAGGAAGCAGUUGAAUGGGGAAAAAAAUGUGGAAGAGUAUGAAGAAUUUGAGCUUGAGGUACGAAUAUGAAUUUAUUCAAAAGAUCGUGGAAGAUGCCAAUCAUAUUAAAAGUCGUUUGCAAAUAGGAAGCAUAUAGAUAUGUUAACUACAAUUACAUGUUCCUAAAAAAGUAUAAGUAUUAGCUGGAUAUCUCGCAGUCAACUUGAUUUCAUGUCAGAUAUAUAUGUGUAUUUCUGCUUGUAUCUGAGAUAUAGAAAAAAUAAACUCUUCUUCACCAAAGGGUUGCUUUUUGUAUUAAAAAGCUAUCAGCUGAGAUAAUUGAUAAAAGCAUAUUUGUAUUCUUCAACUGUCAUUUGUCUAUUACCUGUUACAG